GGCAAGCUGCUUCCAAACAGGCUGCACCUGCACCAUGAAUGUGGGGGCAGCUGAGCCCUGUGGAGAGCGUCUAGCACCGGUGCGGCUCCUCCAACAGCCGGUUCCACAGCAGCCGGUGACGAUAUUUCAGCAGAUCCCUGGGCUCCUGUCUCCUUUCGCUCAGCCUGUAAGACCGGGACACAUCCGAGAGGAUCUGGUAGAGUUAAUGAUGAUACAAAAUGCCCAGAUGCACCAGGUGAUCCUGAACAACAUGACGCUGUCUGCACUGGCUUCCUUUGGAUACAGCCCAGCGCUCCCAGCUGCCCAGGUGAAGCUGCUCCCCCUGCUUGCUGAGGACGAAGAAGCAGAUCUGCAGACUGGUUCCUCCGCCCCCACCACCCAGCGCCACGGGGACAGUGGGAGCCAACGUCCCGCCAGCCACAGAUACCAACGUGGACUCGAGGAACUGGCGGGAGCUGGACCGCGCGUGUGAUUGAAAGGGCACGAAUGGUGCAAGGCACUCGCUGCUCAUGCACAGUCUGACUACUGCUAAUGAAAACUCCGAUCUGCAGCAUGGGGAAGACCUGCCGCCAAUAAUGGAGCACCCAUGUGGAUACACAUCUCGAAGAACAAUCAUUGCUGCACAGAGUUGUGAGGAGAAAGGGCUCGCUCCAUCUGUGACCAAGGGAGGUGAAGAAGGAACUGGUGGGAGCUGGACCAUGUGUGUGAUUGAAAGGGCACGAACGGCGCCAGGCACUCACUGUGCAUGUGCGGUCUGGUUGACUACUGCUAACGAAAACUGAGCUGCAAUGCCAGGACAACCUGACACCAACAGUGGAGCACCCAAAGGGAAAUCACUUGAGACAGAAUCUUUUAUACUUUAUCUAAAUCAGUGUGUCUGUGAGUUAAG